AUGGUGGCCCGAUUGCAAACAUUUGUUAGAGCGCGUGCGCGCUUUGCGUGGUCGAAUAGCCUAGAACAUACUUUGUGGCGUGGUAGCCAUAUUCGAGCCCCAGUGAUCCGACAAUUCCGAUCUCUUUCAUCAACUGGUGACAGCGAUGAAUGUGAUAACAAUGCCAAAGUACGUGAAGGCAAAUUACCCGGGCUUUUUGAGCAUACUGAUGAGAAACUGGUUGACGAUAUUAAGAGGCGCCAGAGUUCGGCACCUAGACUUGUCCCAUGGACCUCGAAUCGCUUUGUCAAAGAGUACAAGGUUGUUAAAACUGCUACUUCUUCUGCACCUCAAAAGAAAAGUUUUGUUACUAUGCUUCGAGAGAGCACUUUUGUGCAGCUUGGCAACUUCAACCAGCGUGAGGUGAUUGGCGUAGUGAUAGAGAACGCGAAUGAUUCGGACCUCUACGUAGACGUAGGAGGCAAGUUCCUUGCAGUAGUUUCGCAGCCUGAGAACACCUUCUACCCUCGCGGUAGCUUGGUGCGUGUGCGUCUGCGCAAUCCCGAGAUGGCCAACCGCUUCAUGGUGAACACACGUGCCAUCAGUCUUCUGGAGGCCGAUGCCACUCUUCUCGGGCCCUACCGCGGACAACUCACCUCUUCUGGCGUGGCCGCAGCCGACCACCAGGUUAACAAGGAGCCAGUAUUGAUUGCACAAAAGACAUUUCAUUCUGCUGCUCUCUUUGGUUCUCAUUUUUAUCCCUACGUGUGCGCUGCUAUGAGUGGCGACGAAGCUUCUAAAGGAGACGAAAAAGCUCUAUCCGUCAAAAUCGUGCAAACCCUUCCACCCGGCUUCGGUGACGCGGUACUGCGUCCGAGCCAGGCCCUGCCCGAGGGCGUCAGCGUGGAGGUUCGCGGCUAUGACUUCAAUAGAGGCGUGAACUAUGAGGCGCUUCUCGCCUCCUACGCCAGUAUUGGCUUUCAGGCCACUCACUUCGCACGGGCCGUUGAUGUCCUCAACGCUGUGAUCGAGAGGAGGAACGUAGUGCCGAGCGACGAGAAGAUAGAAUCGAAUGAAGUGCUGGAGAGUCUGGGGCUGGGCAUCGCUCGACGCUCCGGCUGCACCAUCUUCCUCGCUUACACCUCCAAUAUGAUAUCUGCGGGUGUGCGCGAGGUUAUUCGCUUCCUAGUUCAGCACAAUAUGGUUGAUGUGUUGGUGACUUCGGCUGGAGGUGUGGAGGAGGAUUUUGUGAAGUGCAUGGCUAAUUUCUAUGUGGGUGACUUCUCUCGCUGGAAGGGGGCGGAGCUACGCAAAUUGGGCAUCAAUAGGACGGGGAACCUACUGGUGCCAAAUAACAACUACGUGAUUCUGGAGGAAUGGCUCAAACCUAUCUUUGAUAAGAUGCUGGAGGAGCAGAAUACCAAUAAUGUGAAUUGGACCCCUUCAAUGAUGAUUGACAGGUUGGGUAAAGAAAUCAACAACCCGGAUUCUGUGUACUACUGGUGUCACAGGAACGGGAUCCCGGUGUUCUGUCCGGGCAUAACGGACGGUGCGCUGGGGGACGUGUUGUUUGCGCACACCUACAGCUCACCUCCGGGUCUGCGCGUGGACGUAGUGGCAGAUGUAAAGCGAAUCAACUUGCUGGCCAUCUACUCGCAUGCUACAGCCAUAGUGGUGCUUGGUGGAGGCAUUGUAAAACACCACACCCUGAAUGCCAAUCUCAUGCGUAAUGGCGCCGAAUACGCGGUGUACGUGAAUACGGGUCAAGAGUUUGACGGCUCAGACGCGGGUGCACAGCCUGACGAGGCUGUCUCCUGGGGUAAAUUGCGCAACACCUCUGAGCCUGUCAAGAUCCAUGGUGACGCAUCCCUCAUUUUCCCCCUCCUUGUCGCCCAGACCUUCGCCAAACACUUUCACCAGACCCACAAUUCACAAUGCUCACAGCGCCAACCCCCGAAGGCAUUCCCAGAUGGUGAUGCUUGGCACAAUGUGCGGAGCGCAGGAAAGCGUGAAUGCACCAACGUCUCUAGUAGUGGUGAUGUUUCUCGUGAUAACGUUGCACCGUCGUAUUGUAGUGUUAGUAAAAAUGAUCAAUUUUCAGGUCUUGAAAAUAUUGAGUCGCAGAAAAAUUCCGAAUUCACGGAAAGAGUUUUAAUUAAAAAUCCUGUAAAUCCAGACUUACCGAAAACUGCCCCAAGUGCUUCAACUACCGAAAAAACUUCUAAAAAUCAGAAAGUUACACAUUCCACUCGAUUAAAAUUCCCAUCAACCUCGAUGAGAGGAAUGGCCAACUAUAACUCGGCUAAGAAGUUCAACUCAAGCCUCCGUUCAUCCCCCUACCUUCGUCCUCAAGCCCGCAAGGAAUUAAAGGCACCAGAUGUAGGCAUUCUUGACAAAGUUGUUCGUUAUUGUCGCAUCAAACACGCACACGAGCAAGAGCCAAAUAAACACGGUCAUAUUGUUGUUCUUAAACCAAAAAUUAAAAGGAGCGGGCUGAACAAGCAGACCGGGGCAACUUUAGCCACCUCCGAUGAGGAGUGCAAAGCCGCUUCCUCAGACCUGUCGACGGUUACUUCAGUUUUAUCUGCACAGGGAAGCUGUGAUACAAAAGAUACGUCGAUUAUGUGCCAAAACAAAAGUGAUGAUGAAAACCAACUAAUAGAGCAAAUAUCAGCAAAAGUGGAACAUAUGCAGCUCUCUUCAGAGAACGCCAGUACACUUGAACAAGACACAAUCACCGCUGGACCUCACCCAACUUUCCUUGCCACUUCACCAGAGCUAGGAUUUCAACACUCAGGAGAAAAAGACAACCUACCGUCUCUCUCUCCGAUUGACGAGGUGAACACACUCGCCUCGGUAACAGAUGUGUCAAUUACGUACAGGCCAAGGGGUUGCGAAUGUGAUGUAAGUGCUGAGGCCAUCUUAGCUGAUAAUGCCGAACAGAAGACAAAUCCUGGAUUCGGAAGCCAGAAUUUCAUGCAUUUUACAACCACAAUCAGUUCACCUACUCGAAAAAUGAUUCAAAUUACACCCGGCGUUAUUCAGAGAAACAUAACACCGCAGUUGACACCAUAUAGUCGAGCCACUCGAUACAUACCCAUCAAGAGUCAAUCCCAAAUGGGACCUCCGCGUAAGCACUACCAACUUGCUCCUAAUAUCAACGUGGUAAUGGCCAGUGAAAACGGACUAUUUGUAAGAAAGCAAUUCAUAAAGAAAAGCUUCUUUAUACCCGAAAGUGCCAAUCUUGAAGACAUUCUGGCAGAUGCAGACGAUAGGAGGAUAAUAGCAAUAUGUAACAGAUUCCACUGCGAAAUGGUGGCCUUCUCAAAGGUCCCGAGGAAGGGAUCCAUGAAGCAUGAGGUGAUACUUUCUGCUGGUUGCAGAGAAGAUAUUGCCAAGUGUGCCCGGUGUCUUGAUGCACGACUAAACUGGUGCAUCUCACCUCAAUUGGAAUGA